AUGGUGAACCCUAGCAUUGCUCACUGACUUUCUCUCCUGCUUAAACUCUGCUGUGCGAAGUCGUCGUCUUCGCAAUCGUCUCCUUCGGUUCACCGAAGCCAUAGAUCUCUGUACAAGAGCCCUUAUGCGAAUCAAUGGCGAUACUCUGAUCUGAUCAGCCCAGAAAGUUUAAACUCAAUUAGGUUUCAGGAAUGUGGACCCAUUUUAGAUCUGGGUGUUGGGUUCUGUUCGUUUUCGUUGGAUUUCUGAGCCUUUCUGGGAAUUUGGUCUCUGUGGAGAGUCGUCGUCCCAAGAACGUGCAAGUGGCUCUUCAGGCCAAGUGGUCUGGUACCCCACUACUUUUAGAAGCUGGUGAAUUGCUUUCUAAAGAAUGGAAAGACUAUUUUUGGGAGUUCAUUGAGGUCUGGCAUCACAAUGAGGAUGCUGAUUCACAAACAGCCAAAGAUUGUUUAAAGAAAAUUGUUAAAUAUGGGCAAUCUUUAUUAAGUGAACCUCUAGCAUCACUCUUUGAAUUCUCUCUUACUCUGCGAUCAACAUCCCCAAGAUUAGUGCUGUACCGGCAAUUAGCAGUGGAGUCUCUUUCUUCUUUCCCCCUGUAUGAUGAUAUUAACUCUCAAUCUGUCAACGGAGGGAUUCCCGAAACAAAUGAAAACGUGGAAAGCAAGAAGGUUGAACCAUUGCUUGUUGGCAUGAACCCAAGAAGUCCUGGGGGGGAGUGUUGCUGGGUGGAUACUGGUGGGGCAUUCUUUUUUGAUGUUUCAGAGUUCCAAACAUGGCUUCAUAGCCCUAAGGAAUCUGCUCGGGAUUCAUUUCAGCAGCCAGAACUUUAUGAAUUUGAUCACAUCCAUUUUGAUUCAAGUAUUGGAAGUCCAGUUGCAAUAUUGUAUGGUGCUCUUGGGACUGAUUGCUUCAGAGAAUUUCAUGUCGCAUUGGUGGCAGCAGCCAAAGAGGGAAAAGUCAAGUACAUUGCUAGACCUGUGUUGCCUUCUGGUUGUCAAUCAAAAAGUGGCCAUUGUGCAGCUGUUGGUACAAAUGAUCCAGUAAACUUGGGUGGCUAUGGUGUAGAACUUGCUCUGAAGAAUAUGGAAUACAAGGCUAUGGAUGAUAGUGCAAUAAAAAAAGGUGUAACUCUUGAAGAUCCUCACACUGAAGAUCUCAGCCAAGAAGUUAGGGGCUUCAUAUUCUCUAGAAUUCUGGAACGCAAACCCGAAUUAACCUCUGAAAUAAUGGCUUUUAGGGAUUAUCUUCUGUCAUCAACAGUAUCUGAUACACUUGAUGUUUGGGAAUUAAAGGAUUUAGGGCACCAAACUGCCCAAAGGAUUGUUCAUGCCUCAGAUCCCUUGCAGUCUAUGCAAGAAAUCAAUCAAAAUUUCCCUACUGUUGUCUCUUCCUUGUCCCGUAUGAAGCUCAAUGAUUCGAUUAAAGAUGAAAUAGCAGCAAACCAGCGAAUGAUUCCUCCCGGCAAGUCCCUAAUGGCUCUGAACGGUGCUUUAAUCAAUAUUGAAGAUAUUGACCUUUAUCUGUUGGUUGACAUGGUCCAUCAGGAAUUAUCUUUGGCUGAUCAAUAUUCGAGGUUGAAGAUUCCUCCAAGCAUUGUGCGGAAACUCCUAUCAACUCUUCCUCCUGCCGAGUCCAAUACAUUUCGUGUUGAUUUUCGUUCAACCCAUGUUCAUUACCUUAAUAACUUGGAGGAAGAUGCUAUGUACAAGCGAUGGCGGAGCAAUAUUAAUGAGAUUUUGAUGCCUGUCUUCCCUGGACAGCUACGUUACAUUCGUAAGAACCUGUUCCAUGCAGUUUUUGUUUUGGAUCCUGGUUCAGCUUGCGGUCUUGAGUCCAUUGACAUGAUUAUUUCUUUGUAUGAGAAUAAUCUUCCAAUGAGAUUUGGGGUGAUAUUGUUCUCUACGAAGUUCAUCAAGAUGAUUGAAAUGAAUGAUGGCGAAAUCCCAGCAGCUCCCAUGAGUAAUGAUGAUGUAUCCAGUCUGAUCAUACGUCUUUUUAUUUAUAUUAAGGAACAUCACGGGAUUCACAUGGCUUUCCAGUUUUUGAGCAGUAUAAAUAAAUUACGGAUCGAGUCAGCAGAUCCUACAGAAGAUGCUCCUGAAAUGCAUCAUGUGGAAGGGGCAUUUGUUGAAACAUUAUUACCAAAGGCUAAAUCUCCACCUCAAGAUGCUUUACUAAAACUGGAAAAAGAGCAAACUUUCACUGAACUAUCUCAAGAGAGCUCCAUGUUUGUUUUUAAGCUGGGUUUAGUUAAGCUCCAAUGCUGCCUUUUGAUGAAUGGGCUUGUUGUUGAUGCUAAUGAGGAUGCUCUUACAAAUGCCAUGAAUGAUGAGCUUCCCAGAAUACAGGAACAAGUUUACUACGGCCAUAUAAAUUCUCACACUGAUGUACUGGACAAAUUUCUGUCAGAAAGUGGGGUUCCGCGUUAUAACCCAAAGAUUAUUGCAGAUGGCAAGGUGAAGCCGAAAUUUUUAUCUCUGUCUACAGCAAUUCUUGGAAAUGAUUUUGGGCUAAAUGAUGUCAGUUACUUGCACUCUCCUGAAACUGUAGAUGAAUUGAAGCCUGUGACCCAUCUUCUUGCCAUUGAUAUCACAUCAAAAAAAGGGAUUAAAUUGCUUCGUGAAGGAAUACGGUACCUGAUAGAAGGUUCUAAAAACUCUCGCUUAGGCAUGCUAUUUAAUGCUAAUCCAGGUGCGAGUUUUCCUAGUCUCCUUUUUGUAAAGGCUUCUGAAGUCGCUGCAUCGUCAUAUAGUCAUAAGGCAAAGGUGCUGGAUUUUUUGGAUCAACUAUGUGCAUUUUAUGAGCCGGAAUACGUGCAUGCAUCCUCUGUAGUUGCUGAAAGCAAUCAAGCAUUUAUCGAUAAGGUCUGUGAUCUGGCUGAUGCAAAUGCGUUAUCAUCUAAGAGGUUGAGAACGGCUCUCUCCGAAUUUUCAGUUGAUGAGUUGAAAGGUCGUUUGAAUAAGGUGGGACAAUUUCUAUACAGGCAACUUGGCCUUGAAUCUGGUGAUAAUGCAGUCAUUACUAAUGGAAGGGUGAUCCACCUUGAUGGCAGUACAUUUUUGAGCCAUGAUCUACACCUUUUAGAAUCUGUGGAGUUUAAGCACAGGAUAAAACACAUUGUGGAAGUUAUUGAAGAAGUGAAGUGGGAGGACAUAGAUCCCGACAUGCUAACAAGCAAAUUCAUCAGUGAUAUAAUUAUGUUUGUCUCAUCUUCAAUUGCUACGCGGGAUCGAAGUUCUGAAAGUGCUCGUUUUGAGGUUUUGAAUGCGAAAUACAGUGCAGUUGUUUUGAACAACAAAAAUAGUAGUGUUCAUAUUGAUGCUGUCAUUGAUCCUUUGAGUGCCACUGGUCAAAAGUUGUCUUCACUUCUCAGAGUUCUGUGGAAAUCCGUUCAGCCAAGUAUGAGGCUUGUACUUAAUCCACUGAGUUCCAUGGUUGACCUUCCCCUGAAGAAUUACUACAGAUACGUAGUACCAACAGUGGAUGACUUUAGCAGUACUGAUUAUACGGUGUAUGGCCCCAAAGCCUUUUUUGCCAAUAUGCCAUUAUCCAAAACCCUUACCAUGAAUCUUGAUGUUCCCGAGCCAUGGCUAGUUGAGCCUGUUAUUGCUGUCCAUGAUCUGGAUAAUAUAUUGCUUGAGAACCUUGGUGACCUAAGGACCUUGCAAGCAGUGUUUGAACUUGAAGCUCUUGUUCUUACUGGACACUGUUCAGAGAAAGACCAUGAUCCUCCUCAAGGUCUUCAGCUGAUUCUCGGAACUCUGAGUACACCUCACUUGGUUGAUACCAUUGUGAUGGCCAAUUUGGGUUAUUGGCAAAUGAAAGUUUCUCCCGGGGUUUGGUACCUGCAGCUUGCUCCGGGUAGAAGUUCUGAGCUCUAUGUUUUGAAAGAUGGUGACGGAAGUCAGGGCAUGACUUCUUCGAAACGUAUCACUAUAAAUGAUUUGCGGGGUAAAUUAGUUCAUCUGGAAGUGGUAAAGAAAAAGGGAAAGGAGCGUGAGAAAUUGCUGGUUUCUUCCGAUGAUGAUAGCCAUUCACAAGGGAAGAAAAAAGGAAAUCAGAAAGGUUGGAAUUCUAAUAUUUUGAAAUGGGCUUCUGGUUUUAUUGGUGGCAGUGAAGAUUCAAAGAAGAGUGAAAGCACUUCAGAACAUGGAAAUAGUGUGCGACGUGGGAAAAGAAUUAAUAUAUUUUCUAUAGCUUCUGGACACUUAUAUGAACGGUUUCUGAAAAUCAUGAUCCUGAGUGUUCUGAAGAACACCAAUCGACCAGUGAAGUUCUGGUUCAUAAAGAACUAUCUUUCUCCUCAAUUCAAGGAUGUAAUUCCACAUAUGGCUCGAGAAUAUGGUUUUGAGUACGAACUAGUUACCUACAAAUGGCCUACUUGGUUGAACAAACAGAAGGAAAAACAACGAAUCAUCUGGGCAUAUAAAAUCCUGUUCCUUGACGUUAUUUUCCCCCUUUCUUUAGAGAAGGUUAUAUUUGUCGAUGCAGAUCAGGUUGUCCGGGCAGACAUGGGAGAACUCUAUGACAUGGAUAUAAAAGGACGUCCUCUGGCUUAUACUCCAUUCUGUGACAACAAUAGGGAUAUGGAUGGCUAUCGAUUUUGGAGACAGGGUUUCUGGAAGGACCAUUUAAGAGGAAGGCCAUAUCAUAUAAGUGCUUUGUAUGUUGUUGAUUUGGUCAAAUUCCGAGAAACUGCAUCGGGAGAUAAUCUAAGAGUUUUCUAUGAAAACCUUAGCAAGGAUCCAAACAGUCUUUCCAAUCUGGAUCAGGAUCUUCCAAACUAUGCUCAGCACACAGUGCCCAUCUUUUCGCUGCCUCAAGAAUGGCUAUGGUGCGAAUCUUGGUGUGGUAACGCCACAAAAUCCAAGGCAAAAACCAUUGAUCUCUGCAACAAUCCCAUGACAAAGGAGCCCAAGCUGCAGGGUGCUAGAAGAAUUGUUUCGGAGUGGCUAGAUCUCGACUCAGAAGCAAGACGCUUCACUUCAAGAAUCUUAGGUGAAGAUGUCGAUCCCCAAGAGCAGGUCGUUUCUCCUAGUCAAACACAAAAUUCAGUCAGCGACUUUGUAUCUGAAGAAGACAUUGAAUCAAAGUCAGAGCUGUGAAUAUGAUUCUCCACAAGCGUGAGCAUAAUUUGACUUGAUGCAAGCAUGAUCACAUUGCUCAAAAGAAUAUCACGUAAUUCGAGUGAAAAACUUGCAAGAAAUUAUCUAACCUUAUUGAAAAAGGUCUUUCCUUUUUUUUCAUUCAAAUUUUGCCUAUAGGUAAUCCCGUUGUUCGGUAUUUUGUUAAUUUUUAGCAGAUUGAAGGGGGGAAAAUGUAUGAACACAAUGUCGGGUUUUAGUUUGUAUAACAUUUCUAUUAAAUUAUUUAGAGAAAUGUAGCGUUUGGAACUGUUAAUGAACAAUGAAAGCAUGGCCAAAAUGCGAAAAAGAAAGAAAUAAUGUGUAAUUGUUGAAA